GUCUUCGAGGCGAUGGUACUGGAAUAACGAGGGGCUCGUUGGCCACUCCGCCUACCGAGUUGCUGGUACCUUCCAAAUGUGACACCCACUGGACUUCCUCUGCCCAAGUCAACUUGAGCUCACAAAUGCUAUGCCACUGUACCGAGCGGGAAGAGUGCCGACAGUUCCAGGAUAGGUUAUUAUGUCCAACGGAUCGCCUCAUAACACUGAAGGGUCCUUACAUACAACAACUCGGGACCUCAAGGACUGUCUGCCCGUCAACCUGCCUGUCGUGUUGGUCUUUCGAGGUUCCCAAAAUGAAGAAUCCCUUCUCCAUGCUCACAGAUCUUAACCGCUGGUUAUGCCGAGCUAUAAGCGCCGAUGAGCACCCUCAAUUUCCCUGAGGAACGUCCUGUCUGGACCCCUGGAGGCUGGAAAUGAGUCCGUCGGAUCCGACCGACGCGUAAGUACUUUGAAAUCAGACUGCCAAAUCAGGCCAAAUUCAUGAGAUCAAGAAGAAUCACGAGCUUUUCGCGAUCGCAGCCGCGAUAAACCCAAACCAGCUGCCUCUGGCUCUCUCUUCUUCACUGGACUUCACCUUCAGUUCUCCUCGCCAUCGUCUUUUCCAACAUGUCUGAGGCAAAGUUCAACAAGGCCGUUGAGAUCGUCAGGAGCUUGCCUAAGGAUGGGCCUAUCCAACCCUCCCAGGAUGAUCAGCUAUUCUUCUACAAGUACUUCAAGCAAGGCACCAUUGGUGAUAACACCACCACCAGGCCUGGCAUGUUCGAUUUCACUGGAAAAGCCAAGUGGGAUGCCUGGGAGUCUGUCAAGGGAACCUCCAAGGAGGAUUCCUGGAAGGCUUACGUUGAGAAGCUCCUCGAGAUUCUCAACAAAGUCGGUGACGAAGAUUCUAAGAAAUACGUCGCUGAGAUUGAGGCUGCCGCCUAAAUCAGUCGAAGUACCCCAGGAACGCCAGAUCGAUAACAGUCACACUACAAUUGUAGGGAAGGAAGAUAAUUUAAGAAUGCCAAUGUAUAACAGGAAUCACAAAUGCGUUUUUCUUUGACA